UCGCUUUCUCACGGACACCAACAGGGAUUUAGCACAGAGACUAACGUCCGCUGUUAUAAUCCCUCCAGAGCCGGGUCGUUGUUCAGUAGCAUGAAAAACAUGUUGACCACUAUCUCUAACGCACUUUGUAGGAUGACUGGGCGAAAUGUGGGAGCCCAAACAGUGUCUGAGUUGCUGGUCGACCUGUCAGAGUACGUCAGUGUCACCUCGCCGCCGCCGGCCCCCACGGUGGCUCUGACCCAGAGGCAGCCGCCCAAACCGCCUCCUGUCAGAACUAGAGCGCCGGCCGAGCAGUUAGUUAAAAACCAGGCCGAGACAGACAGACCAGGUGCCAGAGUCGUGGUGUCCCGCUCCUUCGCUGACUUCACCUCUCAGGCCAGCUUUGACAUCAAGGAAUGCGAGCUGCACCGGCUGGAGGAGGGCCCCCCCCUGAAGGCGGAGCUGACGCGGGAGCAGGGCCUGCAGUAUUACCGCGUCAUGCAGACGGUGAGACGCAUGGAGCUGAAAGCUGACCAGCUGUACAAACAGAAGAUCAUCAGAGGCUUCUGCCACCUGUACGACGGACAGGAAGCGUGUGCGGUCGGCAUCGAGUCGGGCAUCAACCCCUCGGACCACCUGAUCACUGCGUACCGUGCUCACGGCUACACGUACACCCGCGGGAUCGCCGUCAAAGAGAUCCUGGCCGAGCUCACAGGUCGUAGAGGCGGCGUGGCCAAAGGGAAGGGAGGCUCCAUGCACAUGUACGCGCCAAAUUUCUAUGGAGGCAACGGCAUUGUGGGAGCACAGGUUCCUUUAGGAGCUGGCAUUGCUCUGGCCUGCCAGUACAAGGGCAACAACCAGGUGUGUGUUUCUCUGUACGGAGACGGGGCGGCCAACCAGGGCCAGCUGUAUGAGGCUUUCAACAUGGCCGCCCUCUGGAAGCUCCCGUGCAUCUUCGUCUGUGAGAACAAUAAAUACGGGAUGGGGACGUCCGUGGAGAGGGCUUCAGCGAGCACAGAUUACUACAAGAGAGGAGACUACAUCCCGGGAAUAAGAGUGGAUGGGAUGGAUGUCUUGUGUGUCAGAGAAUCCACCAAGUUUGCUGCAGACCACUGCAGAGCUGGAAAGGGUCCCAUUAUAAUGGAGCUCCAGACCUACCGUUACCAUGGACACAGCAUGAGUGACCCCGGUGUCAGCUACCGCACCCGUGACGAGAUUCAGGAAGUGCGCAGUAAGAGCGACCCCAUCACCAUGCUGAAGGAGCGCAUGCUCACCAACAACAUGGCCUCUGUGGAGGAGUUCAAGGAAAUUGACAUUGCGAUCCGUAAGGAGGUGGAGGAGGCGGCUCUGUAUGCGACCUCAGACCCCGAGCCCCCUCUGGAGGAGCUCUGCAACCACAUCUUCAGCAACGACGCCCCGCUGGAGGUCCGUGGGACAAACCCCUGGGUCACUCUCAAGUCUGUCAGCUAGACUCACACACCAACAUGUUAACCUGUCACCCAGUGCUCAACACUACCCGUAAACUGCACCCUCAUGCUGACUUGAAAAAAACAUUCAACACCUUUCCUCGAUUUUUCGAUCAUUCCGCACCUUAACGGGACUUUGACCUGAAACCUACCAGUGUUAUUUAUUUAUAGUUUUAUAUAGAUAUAUUUAAGAUGUAUUGUAUGUCUGAAAGCCCGUUGUGUUGUGCGUGAUUUACAGGUUUUGAAUUAUUCAGAUUAUGCACAUUAUACUACGCACAAAACGUAGCUUCCUCUUUCCAUCCACAUUUUAUUAGCACUUUUGUUGUUUUCCAACUGGGAUUCUGCUUCAUGGGACGCCAAUAAUCUAGCUGCAACUUUGAGAAAAGCAAUCAUGAAUAUUUUUAAGUUUUGGUUUAAGGAAUCGAUCUCUAUUUUCUUUUGACUUUCAGACUUGUUUUAGUUGAAGGUAUUUUUAAGAGACUGCAGGAAAGGAUUCAGUUUGUUUUGGCAAGCUGGAAACAGUAAAGGUCAAGAUAAGCAAAGUGGUAAGUACAUUUACUCUAAUACUGUCCUUAAGAACGAUUAUGAUAUAUUUAAUCUAUCAUAUAGUUGACUUUAUACUGCACUACAGUUCAGAGGGAAUUGUGUACUUUUUCUUCGGCUGCAUUUAUUAGAUAGAAAUCUUAGUAUUCAUUACAAAUUAAGCUACUAAAUAUUACCAUUACAGUCCAAUAAAAGUUCUAUAAUGGGGCAAUAAUGAUUUACUUUAAAUGUGUAGUACUUUAAUGUACAUUUUGAUGUUUAAAAUUAAGUAGAAUUUUCAAUGCAGCACGUUAAUUUCUACUCUGGUAUUACUACUUUUACUAAAGUAAAACAUCCAAGCGCUUUUAGAUUUUUGGCGGGAUAUUGAAAAGUGUUUUUUUUUAGUUGCAGGAAUUGACCUUAUUUCUGAAUACUAAGAUGACUGUUGAUCAGUGCAUUUAGGUUCUAAACUAAAUAUUUAUUAAAGGUUUUAUCCAGAGUGACCAGCAACUUCCCUGGAGAACUUUGCAAGAAAUCACUACAUACCUGUCUCUGAAAGAAAUGUAUGAUAUAAAAUGUACUUUAGCUUGUUGGUGAAGAACGCUUGGAGAGAAUUCUUCCUCCGUAGGAAGAUGGAUGCACUGCAAUAUAUUAUUUUACAGUCUUUUGUUUAGAGACUAAUGUGACUGCUACAUGUAAAGAUGCACUUAAGAUUUUAAGGUUAUUUGUUUAUUCUUACUCUUGGGGAAAUCAUCUGAAAGGAAAAACGGCAACAACAUUUACCAGAAUUGAAUUUUUCAUAUACCACUGUCCUUUAUUAGAAGUGUUACUGUUACUCAACCUGUACACAUACGAAGCUUUACUCUGACUGUGUUGAACUGAAAGACUGUGGCUGUAAUAAAUGCAAAAACAAAGUAUGAAUAUAAA